AUCAAUAGAUCGCUAGAAGAUGCAUAUCGUUCAUUCUAGCGGGAGAGAGCUCGGCUGAUUUUUUUUCUUCUGACUUCCGUAUUUUUCUUCUGACUAGUUAAUUUAAGUGGAAAAAGUACCCGCUGAAAAUGAGUCUAACCGGCUGUAUAGCCGACAGCCGGCGCUAGUGGAAAAUGCUGCCAAAUGUAACAUAACAUAUACACAUUUGAGCGUCCCGGAUUUACAUUUACUAUUACUAUUACAUCUAGUCUAUGAGAGCAGGCUGGCCUAGGCGGUUCUCCUCGGGAGCAUUCAGUUUCAUUUGAACGUUUGCUAGCUACGUUGCGUAAUGGUUCGUACUGAACGUCACGUUUCCCCAAAACGUUCUUCAACAGGGAUGUAAUCAUUAUUGGACAAAUUCAGGGAGGAGUAUGGAGAAUGAUGAACUUUCGUCAGCGGAUGGGAUGGAUCGGCGUGGGGCUGUACCUUCUGGCUAGCGUGGCCGUCGUCUACUAUGUCUUUGAGAUCGACCAGACAUACAACCGUCUCACCCUGGAGCACGUGGAGCGGGUGGCUCAGGAGCAGCAACCUCUGGCAGGGGACAACGCGCCUACCGCCGCAUCCUCUGGGCCCCCCUCCUCCUCAGCCUCGCUGCCCACCUGGACCCAGAGUCUCAAGACUCACCUGCUCCUCUUGCCCUUCUGGGUGUGGGUCACCAUCUUCCUUGUGCCCUACCUUCAGGUGUUCCUCUUCCUCUACUCGUGCACGCGAGCCGACCCCAAGACGGUUGGCUACUGCAUCCUGCCUAUAUGCCUGGCGGUGCUCUGCAACCGCCACCAGACCUUUGCCAAGGCGUCCAAUCAGAUCAGCCGGCUGCAGCUGAUUGACACCUAAAGUGUCCAACCGGUUGAGACGGUGGAUGAUAUGAGAGGCGGGGUGAGCAGCCUUGGUGCAUGCUGCACACAAACUAGGCGGCGGCCUACUACUCUCACACCUGAACUCCAGGAUGCUAAACACUCACCUAGUGCACUGUGGGAAGUCUUAAGCCUGCCAGACAUCACUAGGCAAUUCCCUUGGGGGUUUGGUGGUGGUUUUGUUGAUGUGUAUGUGUGCUGUUCUUGAGAUGAACAAUGGUACGUGUUUCACAACCCUUUGUAUUUGUGAAUUCUUAUAUUGAAGAAAGGCUGGACCAAAGGGUGCCACGCGCUCCAGGGGCACCACAGUACCUGACUACGAUACAGAUGCCAAUCAUUGAAGGUUUGUCUGUUCACUGCAAGGUCCCACACUUUUUUGAGCAAAUAAUUCUGAGGGGAAAGUUUGAGAGCCAUAUUGGUUCAAUCAUCAUCCCAAAACUAUUAC